AUGCCUUCUCCGGCGCGGCUGAUUAGCGAGGAGACGUAUUCCAUUCCAGGCAGGCUCAUUGUGACCGAUCUAUCCUUUGAAGUUCCUUUAAAUCAUGACAAUCCGGCUUCGAAGAAGAUCCAUCUCUUCGGUCGUGCAGUCACACACAAUGAUCGACCCCCGGCCGAGAUUGGUGUCUCAAGCUCCGCUGCGCCUGGCGAUAACAAGCCCUGGCUCGUUUACCUGCACGGCGGGCCAGGUUUUGGCAAUGGCCUCCCCCAGGAUAGUCCUCUCCACCCCGUCGCCGUCUCCACCAUUCCAGGCGAUAGCACGGACGAUAAAGUUGCAGAAGUCUUUCUCACCGGCGGCAUUCCGCCGGUCGACGUCGAUCCCAAGGAGGUCUACCAGGCCACUUUUACGAAGCUUGUCGAGAGAAACAUAGCCUAUUACAAAAAGUUCCCCGGUGAUAUUGCCGUGGUAAACUACAUCGCCAACCACAUCCACGAACAGGACGGUAUCCAGUUACCCGGUGGCGGGCAUCUCACAGUCCAGAGGCUCAUGACCCUAGGGCUCGCCUUUGGCGCUCACGACGGUUUCCAGGUCGUGCAUUCCCUCCUUACCAGAAUGAAGCUGGAGAUCACACAGUUUGGCCACCUGAGUCGGGCAUCCCUCAGCACAAUGGAACUAGAUGUUCCUUUCGACACCAACCCCAUUUACGCCAUUCUACACGAAGCUAUAUACUGUUUCGGGCCUGGCGUAACUUCAAAUUGGGCCGCUUUGCGUGCGGGGAGCCAACUCGGCGUCUAUGACUGGCUUCUGGAAGAAUACCCUGGACCAGUAGCCCUCUCGGAAGCGAGCCGGAAGCCACUUUUCUUUUCGGGGAGAUGA